AUGAACUUCUCCCGCAAUGCACAAUGCCUGAGAUGCAAAGCAGAAGGACCUAGUCAAGAUGCUCGUGUGUCAAAGGUUCAAGAAAUGAAAACUGGAGAUUGGACUUGCCCACAAUGUGCCUUCAUGAAUUUUGCUAGCAAUACCAAAUGCUUACGCUGCCCAGAGCUGCGCCCAAAGAGACAGCUGAAUCCGGGAGAGUGGGAGUGCCCCUCAUGUGACUUCUUGAACUACAGAAGAAACAUGGUCUGCAAGAAGUGCGAUUGUGAACGCCCCAGGGAUGCAAAGAAGCAGUCAAAAUACGAGCAGCAACUUUGGACAAAGCCUUACUAACGUAGCUUAAGAUCAGCUCAUACAAUUGAUCAAGGAUAUCAUUACAACAAAUAUGGUUGACUUAGUUUUUUGGUGCUUCGGGCAAGUGGAUAUGAAAGCGGUAAUAACACAUAUAUAUAUAUAUGCUUGCAUUUUUUUCCUCUCUAUGUUACUUCAGCAACUACGAGAUGUUUGUGAAUUCUUUUGUUAUUUUGUCCUGUUAUAACUUGUAAUUAUAACAUUAUGUAGAAUUUUAACAGUGUUCACUUUUGUCUUUC